UGUUUUUCUCCUCUCUGUUCCAGUGGAACUUCUGUUUUAAUGUGGAAUGGUGUUGAUUUCUGUCUGUCUGUCUGUCUGUUUCAGAGGAGAAGUGUCGCAGUUUCAUGGCUCUCACGCCUGCAUCAGAAAAAGGGAUCGUGUGGCUGUACGUGGGGAUGGAGCUGCUGUACAUCGCUCUGUUGUGUGUCAGUUCUCUGCUCUUGCUGCUGCAGCUGUGUCUGUCGUCCUGGUUUCCUCCACAGCAGCGCUGGGGUCAGUUACUCAAUGCCUUCGCCGCCAUCUGCACUGUUCUGGGAGGGUUGGUUGGGAUGGUCGCUCACAUGAUGUAUAUGCAGGUUUUCCAGGUGACCAUCUCUCUCGGCCCUGAGGACUUUAAGCCUCACAGUUACGGCUACUCCUGGGCCUUUUACGUGGCGUGGGUUGCCUUCACCUGCUGCAUGUCGUCUGGUGUGUCCACGCUCAACAACUACACCAAGAAGUUUCUGAUGGUGGGACCCAAGCACAGGAGCGUGUUUUACCCCUGCAGGAACUUCACCUUUCCUCCGCAGCCUCCUCCACUCUCGCCGCUGUCUCCGUACUUCUCUGCUGCGCUCCCGCCCCCUCCUCCUCCUCCUCAACAGUAA